AAGGAGGCAGGGUUCCCCAUGGAGAUGAAAAAGCUGAGUGAACCAGAGGAUCCAUUGCCUCUGCAAUCACCAUUAUCUGCAGUUGUUGCAGUAGCUAUCAAUGGGAAGAGAAAGAGUAAGUACGUAGUCAGGUGGGCACUGGAGAAUUUUGUUCCUGAGGGAAAGCUGGUGUUCAAGUUGAUACAUGUACGCGCAGUUCUCUCAUCUGUCCCUACUCCAAUGGGAGUCAUGAUUCCAAUAACGGAAGUGAGAGAAGAUGUAGCUGCUGCUUACAGGGAGGAAGUAGAUUGGCAGACAAGUGAAUUGCUCCAUCGUCACAAGAUAAUGUGUGUCAGGAAAAAGGGGUGCCUUUUGGUGCUGGUGGAUGUAGUUGUGCCUGAAUCAGAUGAUGUGGCAAGUGCACUAGGACGAGAGGUUAAUAAGAGCAAUAUCACCAAACUAGUCAUCAGAGCUUCUACUCCCGGAAUUUCUCAAGGCUCUCAGGCUCUUUCAGGUAUAAGUCAAAUGUUUGCAAGACCGAGCUCUGUCGACACGACCCACUUAAGGUGUCAGUCACUAGAUAGUGAGGAAAGGAAUGAGACCAUUACUACACACUUUAGCAGCUCUAGUAUUGGGAAUAUAGUAGGCCGUCAGUCUAGUAUACAGAGCUUGACGGCAGACACCGAGUCCAGGAAAUUCAAUCAAGGAUCCAUCUCUGAUGCAUUAUCAGGAUACUCUACAAGUGAAAGUCAGGCAAAUCUAAACUUUGAGCUGGAAAAGUUGAGAAUCGAACUCAGUCAUGUCCGUGGAAUGUAUGAAAUCGCCCAGAGUGAAAAGGUUGAUGCCUCUCAGACGCUUAACAAUCUCAAGGAAUGGAAAUUGGAAGAAGAGAGAAAGUUAAAAGAGGGCAAGGUUCGCGAGGAGAUGGCCAAAGAGUUAGCAAGGCAGGAGAAGGAGAAGUACGAAGCUGCGAAGAAAGAGCUUGAAUUGAUGAGGGGUUUUACCGAAAGAGAAGCCUUAAGAAGGAAAGCGGCAGAGACAAAAGCCGAGUGGGAUGCAAGAGAGAGGGAAAAGAUCGGUAAUGCUCUAGUGGAUCAAAUGCUGCAGUACCAAACAUUCACAUGGGAAGAGAUUGUUUCUGCCACAUCGUCAUUCUCUAAAAGACUAAGGAUGGGAAUGGGAGCAUAUGGAACAGUCUACAAGUGCAGUUUGCAUCACACAAAUGUUGCUAUCUAUGUUCUUCACUCGAACAAUAGUCCAACUAAGCAAUUUGAUCAGGAGCUUGAGAUAUUAAGCAAAAUUGGUCAUCCACAUUUGCUCCUCUUAAUCGAUGCAUGUCCUGAUCAUGGUUGCCUUAUCUACGAGUACAUGGAAAAUGGAAGUCUAGAGGACAGGCUGCUCCGGAAGAACAGCACGCCUCCCAUCCCAUGGUUCGACAGGUUUCGCAUUGCCUGGGAAGUGGCCAGCGCUCUUGUUUUCCUUCACAAUGUGAAGCCUAAACCAAUCAUCCACCGCGAUCUCAAGCCAGCGAAAGUAUUGCUGGAUAAUAACCUAGUGAGCAAGAUUGGUGAUGUUGGACUCUCGACUAGGCUUCACGCUGAUCCAUCUUUAUCAACCAUUUUCAAGAACACAGGGCCCGUCGGAACACCAUGUUACAUAGACCCUGAGUAUCAAAGGACAGGAUCGGUUUCUCCUAAAUCUGACGUGUAUGCUUUUGGGAUAGUCAUUCUGCAGCUUCUGACUUCAAAGCCGGCAAUUGCACUCACUCAUAUGGUGGAAAGAGCAAUUAGUGAAGGAUCUCUAAUGGAGGUCCUAGAUGCAGAUGCCGGGGAUUGGCCACUCGAAGAGACAGAGAAACUGGCUUCAUUAGCGAUAAGCUGUGCCGAACUUCGGAGAAAGGACCGGCCUAACUUGAGAGAUCAAGUUCUUCCUGUCCUAGAGAAACUGAAAGAAGUUGCUGACCGCGUCAAAGACGAAACAAACUGGGUUAAACUUGCGCCUCCUAGCCAUUUCAUUUGCCCAAUCAGCCAGGAUGUGAUGAAUGACCCUUACGUCGCUGCGGAUGGAUACACUUAUGACCGCUCAGCGAUCGAGAAGUGGCUUAAAGGCAACGACAAAUCCCCAAUGACGAACUUGCCGCUUCCGAAUAAGCAUCUCAUUCCAGACUACACUCUUCUCUCCACAAUUAAGGAGUGGAGAUCCCUAAACUAUUGA